GAUCAUUAUUGUCGUGUGUCACCGGAUCUACGUAUACACCUUCCCGGACAAUCCCACCAAACUGUUUGAGUUUGAUACCCGGGAGAAUCCGAAAGGGCUGUGUGACCUGUGUCCGAGUCUGGAGAAACAGCUGCUGGUGUUUCCGGGGCACAAGUGUGGGAGCCUGCAACUGGUGGAUCUGUCUAACACGAAGCCGGGCACAUCCUCUGCCCCAUUCACGGUGAAUGCCCAUCAGAGUGAGAUCGCCUGCAUCGCCCUCAACCAGCAGGGCACCGUCGUGGCAUCAGCCUCCCGCAAGGGCACGCUGAUCCGAUUGUUCGAUACCCAAACUAAGGAGAAGCUGGUGGAGCUGAGGAGGGGCACAGACCCUGCCACCCUGUACUGCAUCAACUUCAGUUAUGAGUCGUCUUUUCUCUGUGCGUCAAGUGACAAGGGAACGGUUCACAUCUUCGCCCUCAAGGACACCAAACUUAACCGGAGAUCAGCGUUGGCUCGAGUGGGCAAGGUGGGCCCGGUGAUUGGGCAGUACGUGGAUUCCCAGUGGAGCCUGGCGAGUUUCACCGUCCCUGCGGAGUGCGCCUGUAUCUGCGCCUUCGGGAAAAACACAUCCAAGAACGUCAACUCAGUCAUCGCGAUCUGUGUCGAUGGCACCUUCCAUAAGUAUGUCUUCACCCCCGAGGGGAACUGUAACCGAGAGGCGUUUGAUGUUUACCUCGAUAUCUGUGACGAUGACGACUUCUGAAACACCAGCGCGACCCCUUCCCCCCGACAUUCACCUCCUUCCACCCUCCCACACUCAUCACCCUCACCCCCACCCCCUCUCAGUGUAGAGGGAGCUUUACUCUGUAUCUAACCCCGUGCUGUCCCUGUCCCUGGGAGUGUUUGAUGGGGGGACAGUGUAGAGGGAGCUUUACUCUGUAUCUAACCCCGUGCUGUCCCUGUCCCUGGGAGUGUUUGAUGGGGGACAGUGUAGAGGGAGCUUUACGCUGUAUCUAACCCCGUGCUGUCCCUGUCCCUGGGAGUGUUUGAUGGGGGACAGUGUAGAGGGAGCUUUACUCUGUAUCUAACCCGUGCUGUCCCUGUCCCUGGGAGUGUUUGAUGGGGGGGACAGUGUAGAGGGAGCUGGGAGUGUUUAGUUCUGUCUCUGUUGAAUUGUGAUUUUAAAUAAAUGUUGACGGUUGUUGUAGAUAA